AGCGAGCCUCCUCCGACGUCACCAGUCCAUUGGCUUACAACAUAUGGUUCGAAUUUGGUCGGAUCCUACGCUCGUUCUAGAAUCCGUCUUAUUUGGUCUCAAAUUCGACAAGUCCUGAUUCAUCUCUUUCGAGUCUCUCUUGUCUUUGUCGUCUGUCUUUCCCUUUUCGAGUAAUACGUAUUGGACUUGGCGAUUUUUUAUCAAUUCUUGUCUGACCUUUUCAUGUCUUGAACCCUGGUACUUGACUACUUUUCGCUAUACUAUUAAUAUACCCAAAAUGUCGGAUGACGAAGACUACUAUGAUGAGUACGAGGAAGAUAUUUUCUGGAUUGAGGAACCGGAACCCGAGAUCGCUGAUGACCUCGCCGCAACGGCCAACUACGACGCCAUCUUCUUCGAGGAUCCAUCUCUUGAAGUAGAAGAAUACUUCAGCGACUGGGACGACCACUCCGAUGAUUACUACGAUGAAGACCCAACCGCCGUCCGCCGCCAACGCGCAAUGGGCCUCUGGCCCAACAAACAAAGCAUAAAAGAACUCAACGGUCUCCUCUCACCAAAACACAAAUUACCAACCCAAGAAGGUCCCAAACUGCCCCUCCAAAAGACCGACACUGCCUCAUUCCAGGGCACAGUAUGGCGAACCCCAAACGACACACCACUCUGCAAACUGUAUGAACCCGGCGAUGGCGAAAAGGUUGCCCUACUGAAGAAUUGGCGCGAGGUGUUCCGGUCGUCUCACCCUGCCAUUGGUCGAAUGCGGAUGCGCAAACUCGACCCUUCUGAUAUGGCACCGCCUCUGACGCGAAUGGUGGCUAGAAAGACGGAUAGUUCUGAUGACACAUCUGCUGCAUCGUCGUUGGAGAACCUUCGGGAAACGGAUAUUGGGUCGGAUGCUUGUUCGAAGUCUACUACUCCGCUUGAAUCGUGGCUGUCUCCGCCGUUGACGGUGCAUUCGCACAGGGUGAUCAAGUCGUCGUCUGAUAUGCCGGUUAAUUCUAAGAUGCUGGAGCAUGAAUACCCAAUUGAAGAUGAUGAAGCGUAUGACGACCCAAUGGGAAUGGCAGCGGAGUCUGAUAUUCUGGAUGCAACAACGGAAGAGCAGGAUACCAGCUCGAAGAAACCUAAUUCCUCAGCCGUGCCGCCCACCAGGACAAGAAAACGGAAGGCAUCCGAUGCCCUCGACCAAGCGGAAUCACACAAAGGUCAAACUACAAGAUCGAAGAGGGUUGCAUCAAAGAAAGUGGGUGACACCGCAGACCCUCCUCCGGAGGCAUCAGGUCCUGUACGACGAUCUGCCAGAAACAGAGCCACGAAAUAGGCGGGUUUGGACAUCAAAAUUGUUGACCUAUUCCUUGUGUAUUUAUGCCAACGCUGUAUCCUCUUACAAGUAAAUAU